AUGUCUGCAAGCAAGAUCCCCACCGUCAAGCUCAAUGACGGCCACGAGAUUCCCGCGCUUGCCUACGGCCUCGGAACCGCGCGCGCUACUCGCGGCGGCCCCCGCGAUGAGUCCCUAAUCGAGCUCACCAAAAGGCCAUCGCGACCGGUUUCCUCCACCUCGACGGAGCUCAAAUGUACGGCAACGAAGCAGAACUCGGCGAAGCCAUUCGCGAAUCCGGCGUCCCCGCUCCUCCCUCUUCGUCACAACCAAAUACUCCUCCUACGCCAACCCAGCCUCCCAGACUUUUUCCGAGUCCCUCGCCAAGCUCGGCCUCGACUACGUCGACCUCUACCUCAUCCACCACCCCUUCUCCGGCGGCGACUCCGGCACCAAGCUCGCCCCUACGACCCCGCCAAGCUCCGCGCCACCUGGGCCGACCUCCAGUCCCUGAAAGCAGACGGCAAGGCCCGCUCCAUUGGCGUCUCCAACUUCCUCCGCGAACACCUCGAGGUCCUCGUCGCCGCCGGUGGCGUCAUCCCCGCCGUCAACCAGAUCGAGUUUCACCCGUACCUCCAGCACGGCGACCUCCUCGACUUCCACCGCCAGCAUAGCAUCACCACCUCUGCGUACGGACCCCUCACCCCCAUCGUUCGCAAUGUGGGCUUGAGGUGGGUCAUUGACUCGGGCGUCGUGGCCAUCACCACCAGCUCCAAGGAGGAGAGGCUUAGGAACUACAUUGAAAAGGUCCCCUCCUUCAAGCUUACGGAUGAGGAAGUCAAGGGGAUUGCUGAGGCUGGUCGUCAGAAGCAUUAUCGCGCCUUUUUCCUCAACCGCUAUACCGAGGACGAUAGGAGCUAG